AUGGAUUGGCCUGAUAACUACAAAUUCUACAAAUUUACAACUGUAUUCUUAAUCGGUAUUGAACGCUAUUUGCAAGAAUGCUUAGAUAGCGAAAGAAAGCGUUCUAAUGAAGACGUGAAAGAAGGGGAAGCAAGCGCAAAUAAAGAAGAUGAAGACGAUGUUCCCCCUCGUAAAAGCUUUGCUGCUACUCUUUACUACGAUGAUGAUGACGUGGACGACUUACUCGAAUUUCUCGACACUGGUGAAUCAUCCGAGGCGCCACUAUCAACCGACGCAACGGAGAAUUACAUUGAAUCUGCAGCUGUGGUUAUGAUUCGGAACCGACGAUUUACACAUUUGCAUGAACAAAUAAAUCAAGGAAAAUUAGCUAUCAGUCCUGAUUUUUGUAGCCUGUUUGAUAAACUUCGUUUUAAUGAACAAGCUUUUCAGCCGGCCACAUCCGAAACAGUAAAACAAAACAAAAAGUGGCAAAAAACUUUACAGAUUGAAAAAGAAAAAGCAAGGAAUGCCAUUUUGAACGGUGGUGAAGAUACGCAAGGCAGCUCUCAAGCUGAUUCAGAUGUUGUCAUUGUUGUAACUGCCACUCAAAAUGAUGUAAUCACUGAUUCUCCUGCAGUUAUCGUAGCACCAGUGUCUGUUCCUACAAUACAAGGUGAUAUGGUGCAAGAGUUCGCGCUGAACGAAGAACAAAUCAGAGUUGGAACCGAACCGGCCGGUUAA